AUGCCGUCGUUCGCAGAUAGUUUUUGGUCUGAGGACCUUUCAAUAGGUGUGGAUCGGCUAUUUCAACAACUUCACCGAGGUGGCAGCCAGAAUGCGCUAUUCAUACAAUUGUUUGCAUCAAGAAUGCAGUUCGAAGUGAACUACGGCCGCCAAUUGUGCACUACAACAACCAACAUAGAAGGGUUUUCAGAUGUUUCUGAAUCACAGCAAUCUUUGGAUGGGGCUUUACGCCAGAUGGCUAUUGCCAUGGAAAAAGAGGGAAACGAGCAUUUGGCAGUUGCCACAGAUAUCGAAACUACAGUAUUAAGGCCUUUCAGCCAAUGGUGCGAAGAGCAUAACCAAAGAGUAGAAUAUUCCGAGAAGAUCCUAAAAAACAAUGUUUCCAACUAUCAAAAAUCGACGAAGCACGUUGAGAAGCUCGAACAAGUUUAUUUCAACAAGUGCAGACAAUUUGAAGAUCACAAGAGAGCUCAUUUCAAUGAUGACGAGCUAGCAAGUGCCAUGGAACAGCUGAAACUUGUCCAAGAACAAGAAACAGCCUUGGCUAAGGAAAAAGAGUUCGAGACCUUCGGCAAAGUCGGUAACCUUGAUUUUGACAUCAAGACAAUGCGCGAAACGCUACGCCUUUUGCUCACCAAACUAGAAAAGACUGACUAUAAAGUGCCAUUUAUAAACUUCCACUUUGAAAACACCAAUAAUGGUAGCGAGCUCGUCAAGUUUUUGAUGGAAAAUCUUACUUUGAAAGAUGUGGAUCAGGCAGAAGCCUUUGGACAAGACCUCUUGAAUAACGGUUUCCUAAAAUACUGCAAUGGCGUGGGUAACACUUUUGUCAACUCCAAAAAAUUCCAAUACAGCUGGAAACCAUAUGCAUACAAAUUCGCACAAUUGCCACCACCUAACAGCUAUGGAGCUGAGGAAGGCGAAACAGAAGAAGGAACUCAAGCGCUUUCUGUGUAUUUCAAUGACUUCACUUCAAAGAUCGCGAAUUCCCAAAACCCAAAUACAACUCUUCCAUCGAUAAAAACCACAGAAAGGGCCCUGCUGAAAUACAUGAAAGAAGUGGAGGCAGCAGAUACACGAUAUCGAAAAGAAUGUAAAAAACUAGAUGCAAUGCGAUGCACUUUGGAAGAACUUAUGGUUGACCAUUUGACAUUUAUGGAAAAGUGCGAAUUGGACCGACUAAGAGCUCUUGAGAAAGUAAUCUUGGAUUUUUCCCCGAUUAUCGCGAAGAACGCAUCCGCUUUAGAGGACUUGCAUACUGCCGUCUUGCAAACGGGGUCUGAAGUAGAUCCAUCCCUCGACUUGCUCAAAUUGGUUGAAAGAGCCAGAACGGGAACUUUCCAACCUCACGUCAUUACCUACAACAAUUACUACAAUCCAGGUGGGUUCCAAAAUUUCGGAAUUGACUUGGAGACUCGAAGUCGAAUGGACAAAGAAGCUGUUCCGUUGAUCGUUUCUUCAAUUCUGUCGUUCAUGGAUCACAUCUACCCGGAACUUCCUAACGAUAAAGUGAGAACUACCGUGUGGACUGUUCCCGUGAAGCUGUAUUCGACCCACCAAUUGAGAGCGUCAUUGAACGAGGCUCCUUUUGAAGACGCGACACAAAUUACCAAAGUAUUGGAGAAGUAUAUCUCAGAACCUAGCACGAUAGCCAGUGUUCUCAAAAUCUACUUUCUGGAGCUGCCUGAACCUUUGAUCUCCAAAGACGUAUACGAUAUCUUGAAGGCUCUGUAUUCGGAAUUCCCACCUUCAACAGUGACGAGUGAAGAACAGGCCGCAAUCGAUUCUCAAAGAGUCAAUGGUAUAACGUCCUCAUUUAACUCCUUAUCAAAACCACACAUUGCAACACUGGAUGCGCUUACAUCACAUUUUUCCCGACUCGUCAAAAUUUUGAAAAUGGGAUCGUCCGCAUCCAGUGGGACUUUGGCGGACGAUUUUGUUCGCUCGGUUUCUCAAGAAUUUGCAAACUGCAUCAUCAGGGUCAAACUGGAAGACGGAAAUAAUUUGGGCUUCAAGAUUUUUUCUGAUCUACUUCUCUAUCGUAAGCCAAUCUUUCGCAGUUUGAAGAGACAAAACUCCAAAUCCCGCGACGAAGAAAGUGCUUGA